AUGAACUUCACACGCCUCGCUUUGAAAAUGAAUCGAUUACACCUGGAAAAAUCACCCUAUCUCCUCCAACACGCAACAAAUCCAAUACACUGGUACUCUUGGGGUCAAGAAGCUUUCCAGGAGGCUCGCCUCAAAAAUCUCCCAAUAUUUCUAUCAGUCGGCUAUUCCACGUGUCACUGGUGUCAUGUGAUGGAAAAAGAAUCAUUUGAAAACGUGGAAAUUGCAGAUUUUCUCAAUGAAAAUUUCGUUUCGAUUAAAGUUGAUAGGGAAGAGCGACCGGAUGUUGACAAAUUAUAUAUGGAAUUUAUUGUGGCGACAACUGGACAUGGUGGUUGGCCAAUGAAUGUUUUCCUGGCCCCCGAAAACCUGGCGCCAAUAACGGGCGGCACAUAUUUCCCACCGGAUGAUUCGAGAGGGAUGCUCGGUUUUCCGAGCAUCCUAAAAAUGAUUAGUGAAGAAUGGCGAAAAGAUGCGGAAGGGCUGAAAAAUCAGGGAAAAAUUCUGCUGGAAUUGAUGGGAAAAAGUGAGGUCCAAAGUGCGCAGCUCCCUGAAGCUGACCGGGUUUUCGAGGCGAUUUAUAGUCAUAAGACGGCGAGUUUUGAUGCGACAUUUGGCGGGUUUGGAAGAGCGCCAAAGUUUCCCAAGUGUUCUGAUCUCGAUUUCCUCGUUCACUACGCUUCUUCGCAGAAAUCUGAAUCCCCCGAAAAAUCACAAAACACUUUGAAAAUGCUGAAAAAAACGCUGGAAUCAAUGAUUUUUGGGGGAAUUCAUGAUCAUAUUGGCAAAGGUUUUCAUCGUUAUUCGGUUGAUCGUGAAUGGCAUAUUCCACAUUUUGAGAAAAUGCUGUAUGAUCAGGCACAACUAUUGGGCACGUUUUCCGAUUUUUAUAGGCUGGAGAGGUGAGGAAUUUCUGCGAUUUUUAUACUGCAAAAACAAAAAAAAAAUUCUGCGCGCAUGGGGAAUCGAACUCGCGUAGCUCGUUUCUUCGGCGCGUGUGUAUACCACUUGUACAUGAGACCCCAAAUAGUACAAUGAGGAAAAUUGUGUUUUUUGCAGCUCGCCCGAAAUUCGUCAAAUAAUCCAGGAUAUCUACGAAUACCUAAUCGAAAAUCUGCAACAUCCAGAAGGCGGUUUUUAUUCAGCCGAAGAUGCUGAUUCAUUUCCCUUCGAAAAUUCCCCGCCGAAAAAAAUCGAGGGAGCAUUUGCUACGUGGACUAAAGAUGAGAUAACUCAAGUUUUGAUGGAUGAACGUGAGCGGGAGAUAUUCUGUGAGUAUUUUGAUGUGGAAGAUGAGGGAAAUUUGCCAAAGCAUGCGGAAGAGGAGAUGGGAAAAUUGAAAAAUUGCUUGAGAAGAGUGAAAACUGAUGAAGAAGUUGCGGGAAGUUUUGGGAUUUCUGUGGAGGAUUUGCAAAAAUCUAUCGGGGAAUCGAAAAAGAAAUUGUUGACGGCCAGAAAAUUGCGACCAGCUCCACAUUUGGACUCAAAAAUCGUGUGUUCUUGGCAGGGAUUAUCGAUUAGUGGAUUGGUGAAAGCGUAUCAGGCGAUUGGAAGUGAGGAGAUGUUGAGAGACGCCGAAAAAUGCUGGGAUUUUGUGGAGAAAUAUUUGAUUGUGGAUGGGGAGACGGGAGAGUUGAGAAGAGCUGUUUAUUUGGAAGAGGAUGGUGGGGAGGAGAAGAGGAUUGAGAUGGGGUAAGUCGGGAUUUUUUUGCGCUUGAAAAUCCACGUUUUUUGAGUCUAAAUAUGCCUGGGAUUUUUUUGGAAACCUUUUUUGCCACGAGGAAUUUUCACUAACAAAUUGAAAUCUGAAAUUCAGAAAUUCUGAAAAAAAUGUGGAUUUUGGGGCUCAAAAUUCUAAUUUUUAAAAAUUUUGCGACGUGGAAUUUCGAACAAAAAAUUCCAGAUGAAAAAUUUGAAUUUGAAUUUUCAAACAAAAUUUCAAACGUGGAUUUUUUAGCGAAAAAAAUUGAGAUUCAAAAACAAUUUUGCCACGUGGAUUUUUCUGGGUUCAAAAUUCGAAUUUUUCGAAUUUUUGCCACGUGGAAUUUUGAACAAAAAAUUCCAGAUGAAAAAUUUAAAUUUGAAGUUUUUUAACAAAAUUAAAAAAAAAACAUGACCACGUGGAUUUUUCAGCGCUUAAAAUUGAGAUUCAAAAAAUUUUUUCACGUGGAAUUUUGAACCAAAAAAUUCCAGAUGAAAAAUUUAAAUUUGAAGUUUUCUAACAAAAUUAAAAAAAAAACAUGGCCACGUGGAAUUUUUACUAAAAAAUUGAAAUCUGAAAUUCAGAAAAUCUAAAAAUUGAGAUUCAAAUAAAAUUUUGCCACGUGGAUUAUUCGAAGCUAAAAAUUGAGAUUCAAAAAAUUUUGCCACGUGGAUUUUUCCCGCGCCAAAUUCAAAUUUAAUUUCCAGAAAUUCCCCAAUGGCCUUCUCGGAUGACUAUGCUUUUCUAAUUCAAGGUCUACUCGAUCUCUACACAGUAACCGGAAAAGACAAAUAUCUGAAAGCGGCUGAAAAUCUGCAAACAAAAAUGGAUCUGAAAUUCUGGAAUUCCUCUGGUGGAUAUUUCAUAUCGGCUGAAAAUGAGGAGCUGAAAAUUCGAAUUUGUGAGAAUCAAGAUGGCGCCGAGCCAUGUGCAACAUCAAUUGCAACUCUGAAUUUGCUCAGGUUUUAUGAGAUUUUGGAGGUGGAAAAGUAUCGAGAGGCGGCUGAAAAAUGCUUGAAAUGGGCUGGCGAAAGGCUGGAAAAGGUAAGGGUCUUACGGCCUUAGGCCCCUAAAAAUCGUGAUUUUUAGGCCCUUAGGCCCCCUAGAAAAUGCCCAAUUUUCAUUUUCAGGUCCCGAUUGCUCUUCCAAAAUUGGCCUUGGCUCAUCAGAGAUGGCAAAAUGGAGCACAAGUUUUUGUGUUGGUCGGUGAGCCCGAUUCUGAGCUCUUGGAGCUCGCUAGAACAUUUUUGAAUCAGAAAUUUAUCGCGAACUCGAGUGUUGUACAUAUUUGUGAAGCUGGUGAGUUUUUUUUUGGGAAUUUUAAAAAUUAUUUUGGUUUCGAAAAAAUUCACUGUUUCAAAAAAUCUAUGAAAUUAUUUUCACAGUUUCAAAAAUAAUCCUAUUUUUCCAAUUUCUAAAGAAAAAUUCUUGGCUCAUUUUGUGUCUAAAAACGUGGAAUUUUUCUCAAAAAUUUUUUUAAAAUUAAUUUUGGUUUCAAAAAAGUUCACUGUUUCAAGAAAUUUCAAAAUAAUUUUCACAGUUUAGAAAAUUAUUCCUCUUUUGUGUGGUUCCAGAAAAACUCCUCGCUCAUUUGGUGUCUAAAAACGUGGCAUUUUUGACAUAAGAAUUGUCAAGUGUAAUUUUCCCUAGAAAAAAUUCACUGUUUCAAAAAAUUCACAAAAUAAUUUUCAAAGUUUCAAAAAUAAUCGGAUUCUUGUUUCUCUAUGAACAAUCCUGGCUUAUUUGAUUUCAGAAAACGUGGAAUUUUUGGUUGAAAUUGCCACGUGGCAUUUUCACUGUUUCAAAAAAUCUACAAAAUUUUUUUACAGCUUCAAAAAUAAUGAACAGUGUGUAUUUGUUGAGAAAAAAAAAUUAAUUUUGGUUUCAAAAAAAAUCACUGUUUCAAAAAAUUUACAAAACUAUUUUAAGUUUUCAAAAAUAAUUCAUCUCGUGCUGUGUACGUCAAAAAAAAUCCGGACUUAUUCAAAGUAAAAAAACGUGGAAUUUUUGACGUGAAAAUUGUAACGUGGUAUCGUGGAAAAUUGUGGAAAAUUGAAAAUUGUCACGUUAAAUUUUGAAAAUUUGAAAAAUUUCACAGUUUCAAAAAAUCCACAAAACUAUUUUCACAGUUUUAAAAAUAAUUGGAUUCUCUUUCCUCUAGAAACAAUCCUGGCUUAUUUGGUGUCUAAAAACGUGGAAUUUUUGGUUGAAAUUGCCACGUGGCAUUUUCUUCCGAAUUUUGAAAAUAAAAAAAUUUCACUGUUUCAAAAAAUCUACAAAAAUUUUUUUACAGCUUCAAAAAUGAUAAACAGUGGGUAUUAGCUGAGAAAAAAAAAAUUAAUUUUGGUUUCAAAAACUUUCACUGUUUCAAAAAAUUCACAAAACUAUUUUAAGUUUUCAAAAAUAAUUCAUCUCGUGUGCUGUGUACGUCAAAAAAAUCCGGACUUAUUCAAUGUAAAAAAAACGUGGAAUUUUUGACGUGAAAAUUGUAACGUGGAAUUUUCCCCAGAAAAAAAUUCACUGUUUCAAAAAAUUCACAAAACUAUUUUUAGUUUUCAAAAAUAAUUGGCUGUUUUUUCUAGUCCAAUAAAAAUCCUGGAUCAUUUGGUGUCAGAAAAAAAACGUGGAAUUUUACUUCAAAAUUUCCACGUGGCGUUUCCCUCAAAAUAUAAAAUUGAUUUUGUUUUUAAAAAAAUCACUAUUUCAAAAAAUCUACAAAAAAUUUUUCUUUUUUUGGGGUCUGUAAACGUGGAAUUUUUACCGUAAAAAUGCCACGUGGAAUUUUCCCAGAAAAAAAUUCACUGUUUCAAAAAAUCCACUAAACUUUUUUCACAGUUUCAAAAAUAAUGGAUUUUUUGUGUUCCUCUAUAGACAAUCCUGGCUUAUUUGGUGUUACAAGAAAGUGGAUUUUUUGCAUUUUUUGCAUGACGUAAAAAUUGCCACGUGGUAUUUACCUCUAAAAUUUUCAUUAAAAAAAGCGUAUUCAUUUUUCGUCAUUAAUUUUGGUUUCAAAAAAAUUCACUGUUUCGAAAAAUUUACAAAGCAAUUUUCACAGUUUCAAAAAUAAUCGGAUUCUUGUUCCUCUAUGAACAAUCCUGGCUUAUUUGAUUUCAGAAAAAAAAACGUGGAAUUCCAUAAUUCAAAAUUUUUGCAGACACCCUCUCCGCAUCUGGAAUUUCCCAUUCUGCAAUGUUGUUGGGCCCAAAACCGGCUGUUUAUAUUUGUUCGGGUUUUGUGUGCGGAAAACCGAUUCGAAAUUUGGAUGAACUUCGACAAAAAUUCGAAAGAGAUUAUUGA